AUGUAUUGUGCAUUUCAUGGCUACUGAACGCCCCGAGCGAGCUGAAGGCUUUCUGUUCAGGAAUUACAUUCUUUCUACAGAAGGAAAGUCGGCCACACUCUAUCAACAGCGCGAAAUUGGCAGUAUAUUGAUGGAUAUUAUCGUUUAUGAAUUACUCUUUUUAUCGGAAUGCAGCACGUUUAACAUGUGAACCCGUGGUACUAGGCAACAUAAUACCGAUAGAUUUCACGACCAGUUAUACAUCAUAAUAAUGUUCCAUUCCUUUGCCGUUCAGAAUAUCGUGGUGGAGUGCCUAGAUCGCAAGCUGUGUGCAAGGAUGUACUCAUGUGCAGCAUUUGUAGCAUGAAAUAUUGCCGAAUUGUAAUACUAAUUUGGUCUCAUAAUAACCGAGGGAAACCGAUGCAGCUAGCAGAAGCUACCAAUACUCAGCUCCUAAGAACCCUGAAGAACAGACAUUUACAUGAUUUAGCGCUGUAAAUCGUCCUCGUUCUUCACACAGCAAAGUAUCAGUAGCAGACGAAUGCUGAGUCCACAUGAACAGACGUGUGUAAACAUCCCUACUCAUCGCCAUGCAACGGUUAUUUGACAAUGGAUGCAUCAUAUUAUGAUACAACCUCUGGAUAUUUUAAGCCAUAAACACAUUAUGAUUACAAUUCUUUUCAUUGCGACAUACCCCCAGCAUUGAAUCUCAAGCAUGGCAUCGUCCAAACACUCAGGGAGGAGAGGUAGUUCCGCCAUCGUAUGAAGAGACAAUGGAGGAAUUAGCUCGGAGGAGGAGUGGCGAACACCCCAAACACGACCCGACAUCACCAGGACAAGGCGUGUACAGGAAAAGAACCGACGUCGAUGAUGUCGGUUACGAUGAAGCUGGAACGACCCCGCAAUACCAGUCAGACCAACCCGCUACCAUCUCACACACAACAGUCAAACCGAACUACAAACAGCAUGACGCAAAUCUCAUGCCCCAAACCUCGACAGCCACCUCCCCAUCACCCGAACCUCCCCGAGGAUCCCCGAAGAAAAGCCGAUUUAAGAAACUGAUUUCCCGAUCAACGUCGAAACGGGAUCCGAACACUUACACUUACGAGAACCAACAGAGCGUUGAUUACUGGUCGUCGAUAGAACCGGUUACGAUUGAUCCUAAUAUUGAACCUAUCCUCGUACGACCGAUGGUAACACGGAUUGGACCGGACGGAAGGACAUACUUAAGAGAUACCAGUAUAGUUGUCGUUCAGCCCGAAGAUCACGAAACUCCGAACACCCAGAAGGUAAUUGAGAGACCAAUUCGACCCAAUGACUAUAUGUGGUACUCCUUCGUGGGCAUGGCCUUUUGUUUCUUCUUUGGAAUUUUCUCUUUGAUACGAUCUAAAGAGGUUCCCGUCAAAUUCGAAGCAGGUGAUUACGAAGGAGCGGAAAAGUCUUCAACUUCUGCGCGGAAUUGGGGCACCCUCGCGCUCAUCAGCGGCGCCGUUAUCAUCAUCGUCUUCCUCUUCCUUCUAUUCGUGAGUCCUUGCCCUCUCACAAGAACAUUGCAGUUUCAGGGAAUAUGCCCUGAGGGCGUAUGAUGAAGUGAACUCGAUGAAGUUUCUGAUCUUCGAUGACAGGUUACAAUAAUCAUGCGCCUUAGCAAUAUAGAAUUAUGGAUUCUUUGAACCGUUGAAGCGUUGUGACUCGGCUAUCUUCUUCUCCUGCCUGUACAAUGUAUUCCGAAGGUAUAAUGGUGGAAGAGGUAAUGGUCACUCGCGAUUAAUUUUUAUGCAUUGGAAACUCACGAAAAAAAAUCGCUAUGAGAAUCAUUUUGUUUCAGUACCUUCUUCACCCAACGAAAAAAAAAAACGAUUGAUCAAAACACAGAGGCGGGAGGGUGUUAGUCUGAAUGUGCAGCCUACUCAUGCCUUGUGUACUGAAGGCUCUCCCGCGAAGGGAGCAUCAAGUUUUGUAUGUGCUAGUCCUUGCAUGGAGACACACUUGUUGAUCAAAGUUCUAAUCAGGGUCUGUGCCUGCAGACUAGGAGGGUGUGCUGGUGAAUUUUGUCUGACCAAAAUGUGUUCGAAGAAUCUACCACAAUUGUGGUUGAUUUUUGAAAUUUUUUUAAAGUGGGAUACAAUUUUGAUCAACAUGUUUUUUUGCAACCAAUUUCUAUUCAAAAUAUAUGAUGGUAUUAAAUGAGAAAAAUAGAAAACCAUAUAGUAAAUAUAGUGAAAAAGCUUUUUUUUUAUUUUUUUUUUAUUUUUUAGUAAGCUUGAUAUAAUCUAUCCAUCAAGUUUAUACUAUGUACCCAAUACUAUGUACCCAAUAAUUGUAAUGAAAUUUCAAUUGUAUUGUAUUUAUGAACAUCUUUAUUGUACGGCAAUUGUGAGCACACAUUGAACUAAACGAAAAAAGAAAUACUGAAAUUUAUUCUUUAUUAUAUAGUGGUGUUAAAACUUCCGCCUUUAAACGUCGAAAAUCUCCUUCAGACAAGACUUGAUAGGUCAAUAUAUUUUAAGAUGAAGGGUAGACAAUAAAUAAUGUAGAUAACUUCUACCAAGUUAUAUUUCUCACAACAUUUUUGUCAAAAGGUUACGCCAUUUUAUGUGGCGAAUAGUGUUUUUUCCUGUUUGCUUAUAUUCUUAUAUUCUAACAAAUGCCAUCCUUUGCUGCUGAUAAUGAAAAUAAAAUUAAUUCAAAGUAAUCUUUAUGAGAAUAUCAUGCGUUGCGUGGAUUAAUGUGCCAAAAGUGUUCUUUUAUUCUAGGCCCUCACUUAUUUAACGUGUAUACCAUGCAACUUCAUGAUGUGAUUAAAAGACAUAAUAUCAGCUAUCAUAUGUACGCUGAUGAUUUACAAUUGUACUUUUCAUGUUCUCCAAUACAAGAGCACUUUGAUAAUGUAUUAAGGAUCUCGAGGAUUGCAUCUCAGAUACACGGAAGUGGAUGAAUGAUUGUUUUCUUAACUCAAUGAUGAUAAAACCGAAUUUCUAAUGUUAGGCUCUAGACAACAAGUAGCAUAUCAGUCAUAUACUGGUCGACUCAGCUCAUAUUUUCCUUCUGAAAAGGCAAGAAAUCUUGGUGUUAUUUUGAAUUCUACCAUGACUCUUGAUAUUCAUAUCUCUAAUAUUGUUAAGUCUGCUAAUUAUAAUCUCCGGAACAUCCGUGCAAUAAGAAAUUAUUUAACCCCCAAAACGACUGAACAGUUGAUACAUGCUUUUUUAACCUCUUCAUAAUUUAACUCCUUUUUGGCCUUCCAAAGUAUCAAAUUCGCAGAUUACAGAAAAUUCAAAACAUGGCCGCCCGACCAUGCCGACUUGUCACAAAAUCUGAACGUUCUACCCCCACUACCAAACUACUUAAAAACCUUCACUGGCUUCCCGUCGAACAACGCAUUAAAUAUAAGAUACUGCUUUUAACCUACCGUUCACUUCACAACCUUGCCCCUUCAAAUAUUUCCUCUCUCUUUCAUUCCUCUUCUACUACUCGUACUGGUCUUCGCUCAUCUAAUUCUAUCAAACUAAAAGAACCCAGAACAAAGAGGACAUGGGGUGACAGAGCAUUCUUUGCUGCUGCACCCGUCUCUGGAACUCACUUCCCCACACUGUUCAAAUUUCAUCCUCUCUUCAGUCAUUCCAAACAAACUUGAAAACCUAUCUUAUGUCUCAUAACGUCCAAUAAUACCCUAAUAACUCACCCCCCCCCCUCUCCUUAUGAAUUUGAGCAUAUUUUUUUUGUUAAUAUAUGAUUUUAUAUUUUUCCAAUUUACUGUUUAUAUUUUAAUUAUGAUGAAUUGUCAGGCGCCUUGAGCAUUCUUCGGAGUGGAUAUGUGCGCAUUAGAAAUAUGGUGGUUAUUAUUAUUAUGCAUAUGGUCAACGAUAUUAUGUGCUUUUUUAAGUUAGAGGCAUGUAUUUCGCCAUUUUGCAGAUCGAUGAUUUCGAAAAACAAACCCCUAUCUUAAGUAAUCGUGAUAAUAAUGUAAACUUGAUUUUCAAUUCUCAGUUAUACAUAUAUUGAGGUUUAUGCAGUCAUUUUAUAAUUUCAUUUGUUUAUUUAGAGAAUAAAAACUUUUCACA